AUGCUGAAGGCGAAAACCCGGCACGCACAGCUCCUCCGCGAUUACGACGUCGACACAUUCGUCCAGCGUCCCCUCGCGACGGAAGAAACGUGCCCUGCGUGGGCGCAGGACAUUCGUCUGUUGGCCCUUGAGCUCGUCCAUAACUGGGAAGGUGUGAGCCUGAACAAGAUUCCUCAGCUGGCACCAGUCAUGCCUCGUAGGCUCGAGGAGGCUUUCCGGCACAACUUCAUCUCUGGAUGUACCACUGGAGAUGAUGGCUACUGGCUGACCGACAAGGGACGGUCGAUGCGAAGCCUGAUGCGCAACAUGGGGGGUAUGAGCUGGGCAUCCGCAUGGCUCGCCACGAGUGCAGCCAGGCACGACGACCCCGUCUGUCAGAACGUCCUCGUCUUCAUGGCGGCCCUCAUCGAGUCAGGCGCAGAGUCCAAUCUCUGCUCUCCAUUGCCGUCCCCGCCCAUGACUGCGAGCCCGCCAUCGUCUCAGGCCCGCGAAUACACCUGCUGUGCCCGCAUCUGUAGAGACCGCGCCCACCACGGCACGCUCUGGUUCACACUCGGGGUGCUCCUGGGUGUUCUUGAGACUGGGAACUUCGCUCCCAAUCGUACUCACCAGGACUGGCUCGAGAUCAAGUGUGGCUAUGCCCAAGUCGUCAGCGACAAGGCCGAUGCGAUCUUCCAGGAAUUGGGUAUGGCACGACACGACAUCGACAGGCUGGUGAACAUGCCUCUGACACAGCCACAGCUCACCAUGAUCGACAAAGAGCUCGCGUGGUCACAUCUCCACCAACUCGUGUUCGCAAAGGCUGAUAUUCGCUAUGCCGAGAUUGCGAGCAUCGACAUGACAGACUGUUGUUCGCUGGCGUCAGUUCUUUAUGCUGGGGAUCCCAGUCAACUCAGCAUCAACGAAUGGCUCGAGAACAACAAUUUUCGCUCCUGCUACUUUGCGUACCGCGAACUACGCCAGGCCAAGCUCGACGGCAGCCCCGAACAGUAUUUUGUGACUGGUCUGACAGUCAUCCCUUCCAGCGCACUGUUGGAUAUCGCUCGCCAGACCAAGACUCAGUGGCCCCUCACAGUCAUUGGUGCACAAACGAGCGAGACAUUCUUCCAGCUCUCUCCAAGUCAAUCGAAUGCAGUCAUGGCCAUGACCGAGUCUUCACGCACAUCGUCCGUUCGGGACCCUCAGAGCCACGCGAACCUCGUUACACCGGCCGACGAGCUCAGGGCGGCAUUUGAAGCUGUCGGCGAUAUCCGAGCGAAAUUUCCGGGCCAAUCCAGUCUGCAAAGUGUGUUGCUGACAAGCACUUUCCCAACCAGUCCUCUGCCCCAGACGGACACACAACUCGAUCACCAGACUUCAGCCGAGAUCGAUGCUGCCGCUGUCGUGUUGUGGCACCUGUACGCACACGUUCACAUCUCGAAGAGGGGCGAUCCCACCGUGAGCACUGCCGAUGCCACUGCUUUGAUGCAUGCAGAAGACGAGCGCAACACACUGCUGCGCUUCAUAUGGGCCGAUUUCGAGCAGGAUAAGCAGAAUCUUUUCCACAAUGUUGCAGCACAACAUGCCAUCCGGACGCAAAUCGCAGGCGAGUUCCUGACUUCGGGCGGCAGCCAUGAAGCAAUCACUUGUGCUAACCUCCUGUUCUCGCCGCUGAUGCUCAACACACUGUGGAAGCGCGACGGAUUCCGCUAUGGGGCAGCAGACUGUCGUGCGCGGGAAACUCAGGAAACGGCAUGUAGAUUAGCAAACGAUUGUUGUGUUGGAAUCGAGUCAUAG